AUGACGCAACAUCUAGCCCAUUUGUCCGGUGCUACCAUCCCCGUCGCUCCAGACUGGUUUAUCCCAGACCACGAAGUGCAAAGAGAGCGAUCCCAUCUUGCACGUGGCUCCUUUGGCAAAGUGUACCGUGGGAGAUGGCGAGGCGAGAAGGUGGUGAUCAAGUGUGUGGAUGUAGUGACCGCUGAUGAUGAGCGAGAUUUCUCAAGAGAAGCGCGGAUUUGGCUCCGAGCUCAGCACCCGAACGUUGUACGAUUCAUGGGCGCGUGUCAUUUGACGACGCCAUGCUUUUUUGUGUGUGAAGAGGCCAGGAACGGCGACUUGGUGGACUUCUUGGCGAAAAACAACGAUCGAGCGCUGGUGUGGCGCUUGCUGCAUGGAGCAGCUGUGGGUUUGCGCUUCCUACACCAGAACAACAUCGUCCACGGCGAUCUCAAGUGCAACCAGAUCCUGGUGAGCGAAGAUUUGACGGCCAAACUGACGGAUUUCGGAAUGAGUUUCGUGUCACUCGAGUCAAGACCUGCCGCUACGACCGGAGCUGUGCGGAGGAAGGCUCCGGAAUUGCUAUCAAACAAGGCAACAGCUCCAACAUUUGCAUCGGAUGUGUACUCGUUUGGGAUGUGCGUUGUCGAGGCUGUGAGCGGCAGGGUGCCUUGGCAAGUUCAUCUACCCGACAUCGCAGUGGUGUAUCACUUAACGCAUGGGGAGCUGCCGUCUCGACCGAAGGAGUUUACGAGCGAUGAGCAGUGGGAGUUUGUGCGAAAGCUUUGCGCGUUUGAGCGAACUGAACGCUUGGGCCUCGCUGACGCAAUAGAAAAACUCGAGAUGUUUACUCAGGAAGAAGUACGUCUUACUGCAGCUCACCACAACGGGUUUGCCACGACAGGGAUCGACACCACCGGAAACGCUGAUGCCUUCUGA